ACCUUUAACUUUAAUCCUCUUAUAUAAAUCCCCCAGCUACUACUUUCAUGCACCAUUAAUUCCUUUCUAGCUCCCUCUGGUUCGCUUUGUGUCUCAGGAAGAAGAUGAAACAGAGAUGGUAAUAGGACUGUUUGAUAGUUCGAACUGAGGGAGAUCGAAUAUGGAGGAGAAGGCCGCAACGAGCCCGAGGAUCAGGUUGUUCGGGAUUCAAGUGUCGGAGAACGACAGCGUCUCCGGCGAGGAGAGCAGCCCCACCUCGGCUGCUUCCGGCGAAGGGAGGAAGUACGAGUGCCAGUACUGCUGCCGCGAGUUUGCGAACUCGCAAGCUCUGGGCGGGCACCAGAACGCGCACAAGAAGGAGCGGCAGCACCUGAAGCGCCUUCAGCAGCAGCAGCAGCAGCACCUCGCUACCUCCGGCCGCCGCUCGCCUCCCGCGGCGGGGAACUACUACUGUCAGAACAUGGCCGCGGCCUUCUCGCCGCACCUCCUCUCGCCGCAUCCUGUGGGACCCCCGGCCAACUGGGUCUACUACGGCCGCACGACCUCGCCGGUUAAUCACUGCAUCGUGCCGCGCUCUUUGCCUGCUAACUGCGCGUACGUCGGAGACGUUGGCGGCGGUAGGUUGAUCUACAGGGACGGCCAUGCGGUCGAAGGGUCUUCCGUCACUUUCGCCGGGGCGGCGCUGGAGGAGGAAGCGGCGGAGGACGCGUACGGGCUAAACCUGCGCCUUAGCUUGGCUCCUGCUGGUUCAUGAUCCAAAUACAAAUUAAAUACUCUAUAAUAUGGUGGAUUUUGUUGGCAACAUCUCAGCUCAAUUCUGUAUAUUUGCAACUUCUGAAAAAAUUUCAUCAAGUUCUAGAGUUAUUUCAUCAA